AUGGAUGGAAGGCCCGUCUACGAGAGGACUCUCACAGAGUCCGAGCUCCUCGAGCAGCUCCCAAACGAGAUCGCUAGUCUCGUUCGGUCUGCCUCGGGGACUCAACAGCUUCACGCGCUUGCGCUUGGCGCAUUGAACAGCCAGUUCACAGAAACUGUUUUCAGACUAUACGAACCGAUCGUGGUCGAUCUAGCAGCUCGAUGGCUUCGAUCAGAUCUCAAUGCCGAUUCUAUUCAUAUCCUGGCGGCAUUUGCCCGCAUUCUACCUUUCGCGGCAUAUCUUCGACCUUUUGCCAGCCAACAUGCCUUGUCACAGGCUGGAGCCCUCUCAGCCCUAGCUGGGUCGAAGGAAUUGACAUUACGACAGUUGGAACCAAAUGAUACCCGUAACUUACUUCUCGCACUCUUUCGACUGCUGUCGUUCGAUUUGGACACCUUCGCGAAAGCCGUUUCACCUAUUCAACUCCAAUCUCUGUUUCCCCACGAAGACCGAGUAAUCCGAUACCUUGCCGUCCGAUGCUUUGCCCUCUACAUGCAUGCUGCGGAUUCAGCCACCGAAAAUAUGCUGCGCGUUAAUACCGGCGUUGACCCUAUCGAAGGAAACUGGGAAGGGAUCACUAUUGAUUACCGACUUUUGGGAUUGUGGGAGGAGCGGCGAUGGGAAAUUCUGGAAAGGCAUAUUCGACAGGCAAACUUGUCAAGAUCGGAGAGCGACGCGAUGGCCCUCGUUGACAGGACCCGAGGUGCUUUCACAUCUAGGUCUGCUGAUAUUUCCGGCGUCUUGAUUCCUCGAUUGAAAGAUGCGGAGCCAAUCUCCUCUUCCAUCGUGAAGACCCCCACCACAGCAGCAAAUAUCCGCCGUAUUGCGCGGUCUCUUCUUGGAUUCAAGCCGAUCCUGUUGGUCGGUCUGCCUAACUCCGGCAAAACAUCUUUGAUUAAUGACAUUGCUGGUGUAAUGGGCCAGGCGGAAUCGAUGGUCACACUGCAUCUCAACGAGCAGACGGAUGCUAAGAGUCUGCUCGGAAUGUACGCGACCUCAUCUGCCACAGGAUCUUUCUCCUGGCAACCCGGUGUACUCACAAAGGCUGCGAGAGAAGGCCGUUGGGUUUUGAUUGAAGACCUGGACCGUGCUCCAUCCGAAGUCCUCGGUCUCAUCCUACCAAUAAUUGAGCGAGGGGAAUUGACGAUCGCGAGCCGAAGGGAGCAGAUAAAGUGCGCCGAAGGGUUCAAGAUCAUCGCCACUAUGAAGUCUUCUUACAACAUUGCUGGAGAGGAAGUUGCGCCAAAUACCUCGAUGCUCGGUAGUCGUCUGUGGCAAAGAGUACCCGUGGCCUCUCUCUCCGUCGACGAGAUGCGAGAUGUCAUUUUGCAGAAGUUCCCUUUGCUGGAGUCUCGUGUGCCAAUCAUCAUGGAGGUUUACAGGAGGGUAUGCUCUGCCUUUCAUGGAUCCCUAGCGAUCAAGGGCUCCCAGGGCCGGACACCGGGCUUCCGUGACCUGAUCAAGCUUUGCAGUCGACUGCAUCGGAGGUUACAACUUCUUGGCGCGAAGACCGGCUUUGAAGCUACACCAGAAGGUAUCGAGGACGAGAUCCUCUUGGAUAUUGUGGACAUCUUCCUCAAGUAUCUUCCUGAGAAGUCUAUGCAAAGCUCUCUCGCUGCUGUUGUUGCCGAAGCUCUCCAAAUUUCCCCUCAACGUGCACAAUUCUGCCUUGAGGAACGUACACCAGCCUACAACGACAAGAACAACUCCUUGGUGCUUGGCCGGGAGGUUUUGCAGAAAAUCAAAGUUCCAAGCGGUGCGGCACAGAAGCUUGCUGCUGCCGCGUCACGGUUUGCUUCGACCAGAUCAGCGCUGGCUAUCAUGGAGCAAGUCGCCGCCUCAGUGCAAAUGGCUGAACCCGUCCUGCUUGUUGGAGAGACUGGUAUUGGCAAGACCACUGUGAUCCAGCAACUUGCUACGUUGAUGCGGCAGAAGCUCACUGUCGUCAACCUGUCGCAACAAUCAGAAAGUACCGACCUCCUUGGAGGAUUCAAGCCUGUCAGUAUUCGUACAAUGGCAGUGCCAAUGCUUGACGAGUUCACUCAGCUGUUCGAAUUGACCUUCUCGGCCAAAAAGAACCAGAAGUUCCUUUCCUCUGUGACCAAAAGUGUUGCUUCAGGUAAUUGGGUGCGUCUGGUCAAUCUUUGGCAUGAGGCUCUCCGGCUGGCCAAUGGAGUGUUCAAUCCUGCACGCAACACCUCGAAGGAGACUGAGAAUGGUGAUGAGCAGCAACCAGCCAAGAAGAGAAAGCUGGACUCCCCUAAAUAUCAACAUCUGCGACAGCGGUGGGAGAGUUUCGAAGCCCAGCUUGCGGAUUUCGAAGCCCAGGUAUCCCAGGGCGACGCAAAAUUCGCAUUUGCUUUUGUACAGGGAAAAAUUGUUCGAGCCUUGAGGAAUGGUGAAUGGGUCUUGCUGGAUGAAGUGAACCUGGCCUCCCCCGAUACUCUUGAGAACAUUGCCAGUCUUUUGCAUCACGGUAGUGAAGGCACCCCAUCUGUUCUUCUCUCCGAGGCUGGCGAUGUUGAGCGAGUAUUCGGCCAUCCCGACUUCCGUAUCUUUGGUGCUAUGAAUCCUGCGACGGACGCCGGGAAACGUGAUUUGCCGCCUGGCCUGCGUUCCCGAUUUACCGAGUUUUAUGUCCACUCACCCGAUACCGAGCUGGAUGAUCUCUUGGCUCUGAUCGAGAAAUAUCUUGGUAACUUGACUAUGGGUGACCCAAGAGCCGCGCCCGAUCUUGCCCAGCUAUACAUGGAGACCAAGAAACUCAGCAACGAGAACAAGCUCACAGACGGAGCUGGACAGCGACCACAUUUCAGUAUUCGAACUCUUGUUCGAGCCUUGAUAUACGUCAUUGAUCACGCCCAUGUAUAUGGCUUGCGACGAGCGAUCUUUGAGGGUUUUAGUAUGAGUUUCUUGACUGUUCUGAGCCUGGAAUCCGAACGCUUGCUUGUUCCCUUGCUGGAAAAGCAUAUUUUCGAGAACGCAAAAAACGCCAAAUCCCUACUUGGACGAACCCCCCGACCUCCCGAGGAUGGCCACGACUACGUUCAGUUCAAACAUUACUGGAUGCGACGUGGUCCUUUGGUUCCAGAGGAGCAGCCUCAUUACAUCAUUACUCCCUUUAUUGAGAAGAAUCUCAAGAAUUUGGUCAGAGCCAGCUCUACACGUCGCUUCCCUGUCCUUCUGCAAGGUCCCACGUCAGCAGGAAAGACCAGCAUGAUUGAAUACUUGGCCAAGGUCUCCGGCAACAAAUUUGUUCGUAUUAACAACCAUGAACAUACAGACCUGCAAGAGUAUCUUGGAACCUACAUCUCCUCUGACGAUGGAACCUUGCGUUACCAAGAGGGUGUGUUGGUGGAGGCUCUGCGAAAUGGGUAUUGGAUAGUCCUUGAUGAGCUGAACUUGGCCCCUUCCGAUGUCCUUGAGGCGUUGAACCGUCUUCUUGAUGAUAAUCGUGAGCUCUUCAUUCCUGAGACUCAGGAAGUAGUCCACCCUCAUCCCAACUUCAUGCUUUUCGCUACGCAAAACCCUGCCGGUCUGUACGGUGGCCGAAAGGUGCUUUCUCGUGCGUUCCGAAAUCGUUUCCUUGAGCUCCACUUUGAUGACAUCCCCGAGAGCGAACUGGAGUUCAUUCUCAAGGAGCGUUCUCAGAUUGCUCCCUCAUUCUGUUCUCGCAUUGUGGCGGUCUAUCGCAAACUUUCCCUGCUCCGUCAAUCCAACCGACUCUUUGAGCAGAAGAACAGUUUUGCUACUCUUCGUGAUUUGUUCCGUUGGGCUCUUCGCGAUGCAGAUGACCGCGAACAGUUGGCAGUGAACGGCUAUAUGCUACUGGGCGAACGCGUUCGCAACCCUCAAGAGAAGGCUGCCGUGAAAAGUGUGAUUGAAGAGGUCAUGAAGGUCCGCUUGGACGAAGACGUGCUGUACAGCGAGUCGCAGCUUGAGCAAAGUGUUCCUCAGAUGGCUGAACUGCCAGCUGGUAUCGUCUGGACCAAGGCUAUGCGGCGCCUUUUCAUCCUGGUCUCCAAAGCUCUUAAGAACAACGAGCCGGUUCUUCUCGUUGGAGAGACUGGAUGUGGUAAAACACAGCUCUGCCAGGCCGUUGCUGAAGCUUUCAUGCGGGAGUUGUUUAUUGUGAACGCCCAUGUCAACUUGGAGACUGGAGAUCUUAUUGGUGCCCAACGGCCAAUCCGAAACCGUGCAGCAAUUGAGAAGCAGCUUUUCGAAGACCUUCAAUUGUUUGUCCAUGGGCAGCCGUCGACAAACUCGUCGCUUGAACAGCUAAAACAUGAGUUUUCAGCUCUCGAUGUCCAGCAGAGACAAGAUAGAGAUCAAGACCUUCUGCGCAAGAUUGAGAGGAACCUGAUUCGAUGCAACGCUCUCUUCGAGUGGUCUGACGGAAGUCUCAUUACUGCCAUGAAAACUGGUCAAUUUUUCCUGCUUGACGAAAUCUCUCUUGCUGAUGAUUCUGUCUUGGAACGACUGAAUAGUGUUCUGGAACCUCAUCGAUCAAUCCUCCUGGCCGAGAAGGGUCCAAUCGAUUCCAUGGUUGUGGCUGAUGGAGGUUUCCAAUUUUUGUCAACUAUGAACCCCGGUGGUGACUACGGCAAACGAGAGCUUUCAGCUGCACUGCGGAACCGUAUGACAGAAAUCUGGGCUCCUCAAUUAUCCGAGGACGAGGAUAUUCUCCCUAUCCUUCAGAUGAGAUUGACCCUGAAAGAUGAGAAGAUUGCGAGGUCGAUGCUUCGAUUUGCGAAAUGGUUCAAGGCAACUUUCCAGAAUACUUCCACAACCUCUCUUUCUCUUCGUGAUCUUCUUGCCUGGGUUGACUUUGUGAACACCUGCCAAAAUGAGGAUACUUUGUUCGCUAUCGUUCAAGGUGCAGCCAUGGUCUUUGUCGAUACUCUCGGUGCCAACCCAGCUGCAAUGCUUGCAAUCUCUCUGCAUAAUCUAGAUGGCAAUCGACAAAAGUGUCUAGACAAAUUGGGCGAACUAUUCAGUGUUGACGCCUCCAAGAUCUACUGGCAGUCUUCGACUGUCUCUCUUAAGCCCGGCUUCCUGCAGGUCGGUCCGUUUUCUCUGCCAACCGUUGGGGAGACAGAUCCCGAUCCGCAAUUCACCUUGGAUGCGCCGACCACAAUUGCUAACUCGGUUAGAAUCGCCCGUGGUCUCCAAUCCUCGAAGCCCAUCCUCAUGGAGGGUAGCCCUGGUGUUGGUAAAACUACACUCGUCACAGCCCUUGCUAAAGCUCUCGGCAAGCCCCUCACUCGAAUCAACCUUUCAGAACAGACAGACCUCACAGACUUGUUCGGAUCCGAUGUUCCUGUUGAAGGAGGAGAUGUUGGACAAUUCACUUGGCGUGAUGCUGCAUUCCUGCGAGCAAUGCAGCGCGGCGAUUGGGUCCUCCUGGACGAAAUGAACUUGGCCUCACAGUCCGUCCUUGAAGGUCUCAACUCUUGUCUGGAUCACCGCCAGCAGGUCUAUAUUGCCGAACUUGACCAAACCUUCAAGCGUCACCCGGACUUCGUCCUCUUUGCGGCACAAAACCCUCAUCACCAGGGGGGUGGACGAAAAGGUCUUCCUGCAUCGUUCGUGAAUCGUUUCACCGUCGUCUAUGCAGACAGCUUCACCGAUGCAGAUUUGAAGCAGAUCUGUACCAAGCUCUUCCCUGGAAGUCCCCUUUCCCAGACCGAAAGGCUAGUCGACUUCAUCUCCAGCCUGAAUACCGCGAUCGUGACUGAACGCAAACUCGGAGCCGUCGGUGGCCCAUGGGAAGUCAAUCUGCGAGACAUCCAGCGAUGGCUUAAAUUGGCCGACCGGGGAGAUUUACAGAUCCCAACCAAGCACUUCCUGGACAUCGUCAUCAGCCAAAGGUUCAGGAGUCAAGAUGAUCGUGCGCAAGUUGCUGAGAUUUAUGACCGCAUUUUCAACGAUUGCGAAAUUGGCCAGAAGAGCUACUUCCAUAACCUGACCCCGGACUAUCUACAGGUUGGCCUGGGUAUUCUGACCAGAGAUCCUCUUUUACAACGCUCGCUUGCACCACACAUGAAGAUUCUCCCCAAUGACCUUCAUAUUCUCGAGUCUCUUAUCCUUUGCAUUGACAACUCCUGGCCCAGCAUUCUCGUUGGCCCAGCCGGCUGUGGAAAGACGACCUUGAUCAAGAAACUCGCAGCUAUCAAUGGCGCAAACCUGGAGGAACUCGCUCUGAGCGCUGAUACUGACACUAUGGACUUGAUUGGCGGCUUUGAGCAAAUCGAUCAUAGAAGAGAGGUCUCAUCUUUCAUUCAUGAUGUUGAGAUCUUCUUGCGUAACCAGAUCAUCCAUUCUUUCGCAUCGGGGGACGUCUCCGAAUCCGUGGCCCUGGCUCUCCAAAUCUGCCAGCAUUUCCAAAGCCCAGAAACCUCACUGGAAACUGUGGUCUCUUCACUUUCAGACCUUUGCCAGUCAUUUUCAGAUCCAACCUUGCAACAAUUCCUUGAGAGGGCCCAGAUUCUUUUGAAUACCAUCCACAACUCUGAUAAGAUGAAGGUUGGCUUUGAGUGGACUGAGGGUGUCCUGACUCGGGCUGUUCAGAAUGGAUCCUGGGUGAUUCUCGACAACGCAAAUCUUUGCAACCCCUCUGUUCUGGAUAGACUGAACUCAUUGACUGAGCCCAAUGGCACCCUCAUCCUGAAUGAGCAGCGAACCGAGGAUGGAUCCGCACGCAUCGUUACUCCUCAUCCAAACUUCCGCCUCUUUAUGACCAUGGAUCCUCGCCAUGGCGAAUUGUCUCGUGCCAUGCGAAACAGAUGUAUUGAGAUCUGCUUUAUGCCAAGCGAGGGUCAAGAGUUCUCGACUACGACGGGUCCUUCCUAUACAUGCGAGUCCGCAAUCUAUCGCCUGCGUCAUGUUUGGAGUUCGAACACUGCAUUGCCGUCAUCAUCUGCCCGGACGGAGGAUUCAUUAGAAGUCUGCCUGGAUCAUCUCUCCCCUGCAGAUCUUGUCUAUCUUCAGAAGUCCCCCGGUCCCUUCUUGGCCAACCAUACCAAUUCCGAUCUGGAGAGACUUGUCGUGUCCAACACCUUGCAACGCUACAUUUCUAUGCUCCAGGAAAAUGACCAAUGGAGACCCCUUAACUUUGUCGCUGGUGAUAUCAUCAUGGCAGGGGCCUCUCUGAGCAUCAAGGGCGGACUCCAGCCAAUUCACCCUCUUGUCAAUGAGCCCCUGUUGUCAGUCACUGGAGGCAGCGAUUACCGCUCCAGGAUGGUUGUCUUAGCCUAUCUCAAAGAGUUUAGGCUUGAACUCCAUCGUCUCAAACAACAGCUGGUCCACUCCAAUGACUCUGCCAACCAACUCAAACCGAGUCAAAUGACACGACUUGAGCGUUCCUUGGCUUCCAGUCGCAUACAAUCUUUGAUGAAAGACACAACUCAGCCUGUCGGCAGCUUCCUGUCUGAAUGCGGCCAAGCUUUGUACGACUAUAUUCAAGGCUUAGACGAGGCUAGUCUUGGCUCGCCAGAGAUUGUGGCUGCCCUAAGAACGAUCAUCUCCCUGUGCUGGGACAUCUACAGAGCAACCAAUGUCAGUCAGGUCAAUGAAGGAGAGUUCCAAGUUUACCUGCAGAUUGGAAGGAGGGUUUGCGCAUCUCUUCUUGAAUCAUCUCCAUCUUUGAAGCCUUUAGAAUCAGCACUCUCAACUACCCUUGCUCGAUUCCAAGCUGGAUGGGCGUUGACUACAGGUCUCAGCAUGCAACGGAUCUGGGAUUCCUGGAGACAUGUUACACCGUCAUCACAGGAGCAAUUGAGAUCUCUGAUCGAAUUGGAGACUACAGUGUCUGACUUCACCAAUCUGGCGUUGCAGACGCGCGUUGAGAUUUCCCAGCUAAGCAAUGUGUGGAACUCAUUGAUUGAUGCGCAGAGAUUCAUUCUGCUAGACGGUGCUGACGGGGAUGUGCUUCUCGAUGGCAUUAAGCAGACGGUGGCCGAGCUUGGCCAGGCUGUUCGCCGCUCUGAUUCUGUUCAAUAUCCUUACUUCUCACAAGAAUUCGAAGCAAUAUGCCAGUAUCAUGACAUAUCUUCCUUCGGCGCCGACAAGCCUGUCCAGACAGUGGUGUCCUUGCUUGCUGGUCGCCGUGCACGUUCACUUGACUCCUCAACUACACACAGUCGAGUACCAGAGUUGCUUCACAGGGUCGCCCUAUUUUCGGGCGCCGGAAAGAAUUCUAGCUCUCCAUUGGCGGUUGGUGGCGUGAUCUCAGUAUCGCUACUGGACCGGUUGACAUCUGUCGGUAACACAACUUUGGGCCAAAUGGAUCUGCUUCAAGCAGAAAAGCAAGCGCUUUCAAAGGCUCUCUCAAUGAGCAGCAGACAAGUUGCGACAGAGCAGUCUAGCAUUCUCAGCUGUGCUCUUGCAGCUCUGACAGCCGAGCUGGUCUCUUGUCACCAGGAGUUCUUUACUGCCGAGUCUGCUGAGCGUCUGAUCUCUGUUUUGCGCUCCAUUGAAACAGGACAUGGCAUUGAGGAUGCAACACUUGUUACGACUACGCUCGAUUCAAGCCUUGAGGAUGGCCACUACGUCAGGAUUCUGGCCCAGAAGGCCCUGCCUGCCCUUGUUUCCUCGCUGGCUUCAGUCUCCAACGGCCAGGAUGUUGCCCGAUUCACUGGGCUCGCAACCGUACAACUAGCAGUCAUCCUUCUUCGCCUCUUUGUCCCAGACAAGGCCUUCGAUCCCUCACUUGGUCUCGUCGUCCAACGCAAGCGACAUUAUCAACGUCUCGAUGAGAUCAGUGCAAAGUCCAACGCCAUUCUUGCCUUCGAGGGCACGUUCUCUGGCCAGCCAUCGAAUCUGCGCUCCCUUCUCCUGCAGGAGGAGAUCCAUCAAUUGGGAUCUGUCCCGCCUCCUUCAUCUGUGACUCGCCCUGAGCAAUCUGAGCUGAGCUUAUUGCAUGGAGAGUUCUUGAACUUGAUCAAUUCUGUCCUCAACAGAAAUCCAGAGGCCAUGGUUGACUCACCUGAAAGCAUUGCGGAAUCGCGGGAGAUGAUCCAGCUUCUACGUGAUAACAUUGCCCAGCUCAGCAAUCGCCUCAGCACAUACUAUCGAUCCUACGACGACAUCACUGUGCCGGUUGUCCGCUUCCUCCAGCUUCUCGAUGUUGGUCUGUUCCUGGCCUCAAGUGAAGGCGACCACUCCGGCAGUACCCAGGAUAUCCUGUCUUUGAGCAAGCGUACGCCCUUCCUGGGUGGCACUCUUCAUCCUGUUCUAUCGGGAAGCAAUGCAUUUUCGCCAUCCAACCAAAGCAACGCCGUGGAGUUGCGACUCCACGAACUGUCCGCCCUCUGGACAGCCAAGGAUGCGGAUCCUACGAUGCUCGAUAUCAAGUCUGGUCGAGAAACUAUUCGACGCAUUUUCUCCGAUUUCCACCACUUGUGGAAAACCCAGCUCAGAGAGGACCAGGAGAAGGAAGCAGAAAAGUCUGAGCUCUACCGCUACCGAGGCUCGUGGGAAGACGAAGAGGAGGUCAACGAGGCUGAGCUGCAUCAGCUCUUCCCAACAUAUGAUGAAGGGGCUUCUGAGGCCCAAGAAAUUGGCCGGGUUGACCCUCGCAUGAUUGCCGUACGACUGUCAUCUCUUCACGCUAAGAUUGUCGGCGCUCAGCACACCGACGAGGCACUUCCUACUUUUGUCAAGGAAUCUGGUCGGCUCCUGGGAUCGAUGUGGGCUUCGAACAAGAGUUCCUUUGCGCCCGUGCCACCUCAACACCAUCUUCCCGCUGUCUUCUUACUCCUUGAAGAUGUCAUGGGCGAGGGGUCUCAAGACAAUAAGAAGAACUACAACUUCUACACCGAUUCUAACCUUGGUGAAGCACGGAAGCUUGUUGAUCUUACGCUUUCGGUACAAUCUCGCUUUGCACAAAUCCAGACUGCCUGGCCAGAGCAUGCCGUUCUCCAAGAUGUCAUCACCUGCUGCUCAGAAAUCCUCCAGUUCAAGCACACCGAGCCUGUUGCCAAAUUUUUGACCAAGCUUGAGAAACUGCACUCCUUCGUGCAUGAGUGGCAGCUGGUCGCUAGUAGGGAAUACUCAGCAGCACCUCUGUACGACGAGAUCACAGCCAUGAGUAUCAGCUGGCGUCGCCUUGAACUGUCCACGUGGGCGAAGCUCUUGGAUCUGGAGAAAGAGCGAUGCAAUGACAAUGUUAGCUCUUGGUGGUUUGUUGCAUACGAAGCUCUUAUGGCCGUCCCACUGCAAAUGGCGGAGUCUGGCGAGCAAGACAUGAGUGAGCACAUUCAGGGUGUCAUUUCAACCCUGGAGCAAUUCUUUAACUCCACUUCUCUGGGUCAAUUCACUCGUCGCCUCCAGCUUGUAUCAGACUUCCAGGCGCUGCUCGUGGCAUUCGUCAAUGACCACGCUUGUCUAGCGCCGCUUGUGUCCGCACUCAGCAAUUUCCUGUCCCAUUUCCGACCCUUUGAGCCGUCGGUUGACAAGAUCCUACAGGAAAAGAGAUCAGCCCUGGAGAAAGACAUCAAGGAGCAAAUUCAAUUGGCAAGCUGGAAAGAUAUCAAUAUCGUUGCUCUGAAGGAGAGUGCCAGGAGGUCCCAUGUCAAGUUGUUCAAGCUCGUGCGCAAGUACCGUGAGGCUCUCGCUCAGCCCAUCCAGCCAGUCCUUGAACAAGGCCUUCCUGAACUUGGAGACUCUGCUAGUGAGUCGCACCUCGAGGAGAAUGCUCUACCAUCGGCGUUGUUCCCAGAAGUCCUGUCAAUUUGCCAGUCAAACAAAAAGCUGUGGUCGUCCAGACCUCUACGAUUCCAGAACCCGGAUGGUACGGCUCGGAACAUGAUGAAUCUUUAUUCGACCAUCCCAUCCGAGUUUGAUAUUGCCAAGGACCUCGAAUCAUUCACGGUUUCCAUCAUUGAGGGUAUCAAUGAGUUCAAGUCCUUGACCCCAAAGACUCUGACUGAGGAGAAUAAAGAUGAUGUCCAGCACCUCAAGGUCCAGAAGCGCCGCCUCUAUGCAGAUACCCUGAAGCGCCUCUUCGAGAUGGGUGUGAAGCGAAAUGCUGGCACAAGUCUGAUUGAAGCCCAAGUUUCCCUUGCCCAGGUGCUCUCCACCAGCGCUGCCUUUGAAAACAAUGCCACCACACAAGGGUCAGUUCUGAGUGCCGAUUCCUACUUCCACAGGCUUCUCGAUCUGCUGCCUCGCGCUCGUCUAGCUUCGCGCAAUUACUCUGAUGAGCUCAGCAACGUCGAAGUUUUCCGCAGCAUGGGCUCUAUUGAGCACCUUUUGUUCAUCAUUCGACGCCAGAGAGGUGUCCUUUCCCCAGCACUGUCUGAUUUGGGAGCUUUCAAGUCUACCCUUGACAAGGCACGGCACAUGUGGACUGUUGGCUCAGGCUCGCUCAUUAAGGCUGGCGGCUCUGCUGGUGAGGAACUGAUGGGUCUGACCCGAGUUGUCGCCUGGCUAAGCCCAAUCCUUGGACUUGCAUCGACGAUCAUUGAAGUGCACGCCAAGUUCUCCGGCCUCCCAGUGACAUCCCUUUCUCAAGAGCUAAAAUCAAGGAGGGCUGCAUUCGACGACCUCCGCCAAUCCCUGCAGUCACAUCCGUCCCUGCCAUCUGGAAUUGCCUCCACGAUUCAGAAAGAGCUCAUCCAGCGAACAUGGUCAUUGAUCAGCAAGCUUGAAGCUGAUCUGAAGACAUGGAUACAGGAUCGCCCGGAACUUUCAUUCGCUUUGGAGCAAAUCGCUCCUUGGCUUCAGACCAGCAGUGUUUCCCCUGCUGGCCUGCUCGGAAAGGGCACCGUAUCAAUCCAGAAGUUUGAUGAGAGUCUCUUGUCUGCUGUCGACAAAAUGCUCGUUGGCCUGCAGCAACUGAAGGAUGUCCCUACAGCGAUCACUUUCGAUGGUUUCAUGUCACGAAGCGAUGAGUUCUUCUCUCGAGCAUCCCGGGCAGUCCACCUCAAUGAGAUCACUUCAUCACUGGCUGACGUUCUCGACAAGCUGCAAAAUUUGCAGGACAAGUCCUCCAAUGCUCUGCCCAUGGCAGCAGCUCUGGUUGCCAGUAUCCUCCCGAUCGCCACCAAAUAUUAUCAAAUCUGCCAGGACCUGACCGAUCGGUUCAUCUCGGUUCACCGAGAGAUCUGCAAGACCUCUUACAUCUUGACCAAGACGUUUACUCAGGUCGCAUCGGAAGGAUUCUGCAGCCCUGCGGAAGCGUCACAGGACCAAGGCAAAGAGGGUAAGAUGGAGAGCGGAACUGGUCUUGGCGACGGUGAAGGUGCGGAAGACAUCAGCAAGGACGUUGGAGAUGAUGAGGAUCUUUCGGAGCUCGCGCAAGAAGCACAAAAGGAGGAUGCCGAGAAAGAUGAGAUGGAAGACUCUGCCGAUGCUGUCAAUAUGGACCAAGAAGAGCUCGAAGGCGAGACCGGCGACCACAAAGAGGAAGAAGGCGACGAGGAAGACAAGGAUGAUAAUGGCGAAGAUGAAGACGAUGACAUUGAUGAGGAGGUCGGCAGUGUCGAUGACCUAGACUCCGGUGCCGUUGACGAGAAGCUGUGGGAUGGAGCAAACGAUGAGCAGCAGAAGGAGACCGAGAACGAAGAAGGAAAGGGUCAGGCCGAGGAUGACCAACAGGCCGCUGCACAGGAACAGAAGAAGGAUGGAGAAGAAGGACCCAAGGGUGAGGAAGAGGAAGGAGACGAAGAGGAUGAUGAGGAAGAAGCGCCUGACGACGAAGGCGAGGCUAUUGGCCGCGAAGACAUGGAUGUCACCGAUCCCCAGACCAAGGAGGAAGAGACUUUAGAGCUUCCAGAAGAGAUGCAGUUGGACGGUAAUGACCAAGGCGAUGGCGAUGAAGGCGAGGAUGACGAUGGCAUGGAUGAUCUCUCUGACAUGGGUCCUCUCCCCGAAGAUGAGCAAAAGGCCGACGAGCAGGAUGAUCAAGCUGGGGAUGAGGAUGUCGACAUGGCACCCGAGGAUCAGGCCCCUGGUGAGGAUGACGAGAUGGGCGAGGAGGGAGAAGAGACCAACGAAGGCGAGGGACAAGAGGAGGAGAAUGAGGCUGGUGGUGAAGAGCCGGAACAGCCAGAGCAAGACGAGUUCCUUGCUCAGCAGGAUGACAAUGAAGCUGCCGGUGAUGAAGUUGCCCCGAGCGAUGCGGUGAAUGGUGGACUUGCCGCCGACCAGGAUCAGAACGAAGACAAAGGAGCCUCCGGCGAUGCCCAGCAGGAGAGUGGCUCCAGCGACCCCAAUGCCAACGCUGACCAGCAAACUGGUGCUGCCAAGGAGAGCGAAGAGAGCAAGCGCAGUCGAGAUGCAGGUGGUGCUGAGGACUCGGCUCCCAAUGAGCCUCAGAUGCAAGCCUUCAAGAAGCUCGGAGACAUCCUUGAGAAAUGGCACCGCCGCCAGAAAGAGGUGUUGAACCCUUCACAGGAUGAAGAGGACUCGCAACCUCUUCCUCAAGAUACCGAUAUGGCGGAUGCCGAUUUCGAGCAUCUCAAGGACGAUGAUGAUGUUGCCGACACGCAGGCUCUCGGUCAGGCAAAUGAAGACCAAGCCAAAGGUCUUGAUCAGAACAAGGGUGUCGAGUCCGAGAACCAGCCAAGAGAGAACGAAGCUCUCCCUGAUAUCUCGGAUGAGCUCCAGGACGCACUGGACAACCAGCUCCAAGACGAGAUGCAGAUCGACCGCGAACCCGCUCCCACUGACGGCCAGACUGCUGGGGCCUUUAUCCCGGGUGAUCGCACAUCGCAAGACCAUGCCGACGGCGCUCCCGGUGCCGAAGACGUAAAUGAAGAACUCGAUGAAGUCGACUCGCAACUCGCGGCCAUCCAUCUCUCAUCCACCCUGCCACCGCUGACCCCCGAGCCCGAAGCCCGUCGUCUCUGGUCGCACUACGAGAACGCCACCAACGACCUCUCCCUCUCUCUCACCGAACAACUCCGUCUCAUCCUGGCACCCACAAUGGCCACCAAACUCCGCGGCGAUUUCCGCACCGGCAAACGCCUCAACAUCAAGCGCAUCAUCCCAUACAUUGCCUCCCAGUACAAGCGUGACAAGAUCUGGAUGCGCCGCUCCAUCCCCUCCAAGCGCAACUACCAAAUCAUGCUUGCCGUCGACGACAGCAAGUCCAUGCUGGAGAGUGGCUCUGGCCAGCUUGCCUUUGAGACCCUGGCCCUGGUGGCAAAGAGUCUGAGCAUGCUGGAAGCCGGCGAUCUAUGUGUGCUGGGUUUCGGUGAUGAAGACCACGUCCGUGUUGCGCACGAGUUUGGCAAGCCGUUCUCGUCCGAGGCCGGUAUGCAGGUCUUCCAGCACUUCAGCUACCAGCAGACCGGUACCAAUGUGCGCAAGUUGAUUGCCGAUUCUAUCGCGCUCUUCCGCGAGGCUCGCUGGAAGCGUUCUCCUGGCUCUGGCUCAGCGGAUCUCUGGCAGCUGCAGCUCAUUAUCUCCGAUGGUAUUUGUGAAGAUCACGAUACGAUCCGCCGUCUGGUGCGCCAGGCUCUAGAGGAGCGCAUUAUGAUUGUCUUUAUCAUCGUUGAUGCUGUUAAGGGCAGCUCCAUUCUUGAUCUCUCGCAGGCUAGCUUCGAGGCUGAUCCUGAUUCGGGUGGUGAAAUGAAGCUGCGGAUGAAGCGUUAUCUGGAGGGCUUCCCCUUCCCUUACUACUUGGUUGUCCGUGAUGUACGUGAAUUGCCUUCUGUUUUGGCUACUGCGCUGAAGCAAUGGUUUGCGGAGGUUGUGGAUGUGUCUUCAUGA